AAUAUUAUAACUGGAUUGUUUACUUUGAGUUAUUGUUAUUGCUUAUAUUAUAAUUAAAAUCAAAAUUAGUAUUUACAUAAAUACAAUAAACAAUUACUUCAAGAAAGUUUAUCUUCAAGCCCUCUUUCGAUCGUAGGUAGGUCAGAUCGUAGGAUAUUUUCCAUUAUCCGGCCACGUUCCCUUGUUGAAUCAGGCCAAGUAGCGAUUGAAGAACUUUAAUAUGAUUUUAGGAUACGUUAUCGCAAUCAGUACCAUAUUUGGAAUCGGACUUGCAAGAAGUCGCUUGCGUGCAUGCUAUGUCAACAAUUUCGUGGGCCCGGACGACCCUCAGUACUACCGACCACACUUCCCCGUGUGGUGCUCAAGACAAAACAAUAUACAUCAACUAUAUUUUUCAAAAGAUAUAGAACACGAGGUGUUCGGUGAUAUUAACGAGGAUGCGUACGUGUGCGCCAAAAUAGAAUGGAUUUGGCAAAGGCACGAGCAUGCGGUGAAGGUGGCGCGAGGUUGCGCGUUGGAAAGUGAGAUGAGAGACGAGUGCAAACACAUUCUUGCCUGGAAGCAUAUACAUGGCUACGGUUACAUCAAUGGCUGCCACACGUGCAAUCGCAACUGGUGCAACACGUCCGCUCGCACCGGCGGCUCAACGACAAAGGAACUGCUACUGCUGCUAAUUUAUCAAAAUUUAUGCCUGUUUCUGUUGAAAACAUUUUUGCUAUAAAAUAUAUUUUUGUUUAUAUG